AUGAAUGCCCUCAGGAACCAAGUUAAUCUGUUUGCGACACUCAACUCGCGGGCAAUUAGCGCUGGUGCCGUUCGGACUCGAAAACCCUUCCAGACAAGAGGCGUUGCCACUGCCCUAACGCGCUUCAAACUCAACACAGGCGCCAGCAUUCCCGCAAUUGGCUUCGGAACAUUUCAGGACCCCGCCGCUCAAGAAGACGCUGUCUCUCGAGCUUUGAAGGCUGGAUUGCGUCUCAUUGAUACGGCACGAGUGUACAACGUCGAAAAGGAAGUGGGAAGGGGCAUCAAGCGCAGCGGUAUCCCCAGAGAAGACAUCUUCCUCGGCACAAAGCUAUGGUGCAAUAACUUCCAUCCUGAUGACGUCGAAAGGGCUUUAGACGAGUCUCUGACAGACCUUGACACUCCUUAUGUGGAUCUUCUCAUGAUGCAUUACCCCUGUACCUUCCAAAGAGGUGAAGAUCGCUUCCCCAGAGACAAAGAUGGCAAAAUGAUCCACGGUGAGACAAACUAUGUGGAUACUUGGAAGGCCAUGGAGAAGUUGGUCAAGACUGGCAAGGUCAAAGCUCUUGGCGUCUCCAAUUUCAGCAAGCACGAGCUGGAGAGAUUGAUGAACGAGUCCUCGACGGUCCCUGCCGUUCAUCAAAUGGAGGUUCACCCGUACCUUCAGCAGAGGGGUUUCAACGAGUGGCUCCGCUCCCAGGGAAUCCACGUUGUUCAGUUCAGCCCCCUCGGAAACAUGAACGAGUUCUACCGCGCGACAGGCUGGAGUAAGGAGGUUGCACACAUGAUGCGCGUCAUUGAUCAGCCCCUCCUAAAGCAGCUUGGUGAGAAGUAUGGCAAGAGUGCCGUGCAGAUUGUUCUGUCUUGGGGUAUCAACAGCGGUCGUUCUGUCAUCCCGAAAAGUACCAUCGAUUGGCAAAUCAAGGAGAACGCCGAGGCUGGCUUCAAGAUGGAGCCUGAGGAUAUGAAGGCCAUUGAGGUGUUGGAUAGCAAGGCUAGAUUUAACGAUCCCAGCUUCGACUAUCGGUGGAGGCUCUAUAGUGAUCUUGAGGGUAUCGAGGGCACAAAAGAUGGUCGAACUCAUUAG